CUAGAAAACUACCAAAAUGAACUUGAAGAAAUGAAGAACAUGAACAGGCAGGAAUAUGUUGCACAUUUGAGAAGAAAAAGUAGUGGAUUUUCAAGGGGAGCUUCAAUGUAUAGAGGGGUGACAAGGCACCACCAACAUGGGAGAUGGCAAGCAAGGAUAGGCAGAGUAGCGGGAAAUAAGGACCUUUAUCUUGGGACAUUCAGUACUCAAGAAGAAGCAGCAGAAGCAUAUGAUGUGGCUGCAAUCAAAUUCCGUGGGGUGAAUGCAGUCACAAACUUUGACAUUUCAAGAUAUGAUGUUGAAAGGAUCAUGGCUAGUAACACCCUACUUGCCGGAGAAUUGGCCAGAAAGAACAACAACGAGCAGCCGAAGGCGAUCGAGGCGGCGCCGGCACCGGCACCGGCAACAACCCUAGAGUACAAUGUUGUAACAAGCCACAUCAACAAGAAGGAGUUGGUAGAAGUUGAAGGUUGUAACAACAACAACAUUGAAAAUGGUUCAGAUGAAUGGAAGAAGAUUGGAUUUAAUGAUGAUUAUAGAAAUUGUCAAACUUUCUGUGGUGGUGGGGCCCUACAAGAUCUAAUUGGCAUUCAAAACCCUAAUAUGGGAGGAGGGACUCAUUUUUCAAACCCAUCUUCACUAGUGACAAGUUUGAGCAACUCAUCAAGAGAAGGUAGCCCUGUUCACAACAUGAACAAGAACAACAAUAGUAGUCAUCAUCAAAAUGUGUUUCAUCAAAAGGUUAAUAAUAAUAAUAAUGUUGUUAGCCCUAUUAUUGUUGCCAAUAAUACUAGUACUACUAGUGUUGUUAGUUCUUGGUUCCCUUCACCACCUCCUCAAAUUAGGUCUACUAUGUCUCCCAUGCCCAUUUUUGCGGCUUGGACUGAACCCUAGGGUUUUAUUUGGAAGGUUGUUUUUGAAGUAAUUAACAUUAUUAAUUAAGAAUAUGUAUUUUAUUUGGGGGAAUCGGAUUAGUUAAAUUUUAUGGCUAGUGGGGGCCACAAUUAUAUAUGUCAUGUUUUGUAUCUUAGUGGAACAAUUACAAAGACCUUUUCCAAACUUUACCUUUUUUUUUGGAGGGAAAUUAAUUAUUAAUUAAUAGUUAUUAUUUACAAGAGGGCCAAA